AUGGCUGCCUGUGGAAGCCUCCAACACAUCUUCGAAAAGCCACUACCCGAAAACCCAACACUCCUCGAGUCCCUCUCUUCGUGGAAUCAUCACAUCAAAUCCUCAGAACCCAUCGAAGAUUCCUCUUUUACAGAAAUCUUCGGAGAAUUACAUUUCAAGGAAAACCCAGAAUCAUCAUCCCCAUCACUCACAUAUCUAAAUUCACAAUCCAGACCCAAAACUGACAACAAUACAAAGAACCCAUCAGACUACUUCUCGAGCAGUCACGGAAAGCAGUACAACCACAACAACAGCGAAAGCUUUUCAUCUAUGAAUUCAGAGAGUUUACAGCUAUGCACUGAGGGACUUGGGUUCGAAAGCUCUGAUGAUGUUGAGGAUUUGAAAACUAGUGAUUGGGAAAAUCAAGAAAAGAGAAUUAGAUUAAUCGAGAAGAAUCCGACUGAAAAUAUUGAAUUGAAGAAGACAAGAACAAGUGGUAGUGGAUUUCCCCCACCAAUUUCUUGUAUUGGAGAGAGUGGAAAGCCAUGUGUGUGCUUCAAAUCGUACCGGGAAGAUGGGAGGUUCGUUUUGAAGGAAAUAAGGAUUCCUACUCAGGAGUUCUUGCACGCGAGUCGCGAAGAUGGGAGAUUGAAAUUGCAGUUUUUCAAGUCUGAUGAUGAAAUUGUUGGAGAAGAUGAAGAGGAAGAGGAAGAGGAAGAAGUAGAUGAAUUCGAUGAUGAUCAUGAGAGCGAUGAAUUUGAUGGUGAAGUUGAUGAUGCAGAGAUCAGUAACAGCGAUGGAGGUGAUCAUUGGUAA